AUGAAGUUUCUUUCUCUCUCGGCCGCCGCCCUCCUCGGCUUCGCCAACCUCUCCCUCGCCGGCCCUCUCUACGCCGCUCCCAUCAUCGAGCACGCAGCCCCCAAGUCUGUCAAGUGCGAUCCCAAGAACGACGAGUGCCGCACCGCCAAGCAGGCCGCCCCCUUCAUCACACAGGGCUUCUACGACCACGGCAUCUAUGACGUCAAGGAGAUGGCCGCCGUCCUUUCUCUCAUGGCUUUCGAGUCUGGCGACUUUCAGUACAAGCGCAACGCGUUCCCCGGCCGACCUGGGCAGGGAACAGCCAACAUGCAGAUGGCCAAGUUCAACCUCUUGUACGCCCAGAGCAUCCCCGAGCUCAAGGAAAAGUGGGGAGCCGUCAAAACCGUCGAAGGCGCCUCCAACAGCACACUCAGCGACCUCCUCGACGAUGUUACCGACGACAAGUACAACUUUGCCUCUGGUCCUUGGUUCUUGACAACUCAGUGCGAGCCCAGCGUGCGCAAGUCUCUGCAAAAGGAUAUCGAUGCGGGUUUCAAGGAGUACAUGGAUUGCGUGGGUGUCACGAUUGAUGAGCCUCGCAUCAAGUCUAUUAACCUUGCCAAGGAGGCUUUUGGCCUCAAGAAGUGCUAG